GUCAGACUCGCUCGACCCGGUCGCCUGUCACGUCCAGCUGCCCUGCAUCCACGCACCGCGUCACAUGCUUUCGCGACGCUGACAUCUCGAGAUGCUGUCGCUGCAGCCCGCGACGCGCGCUAGGCCGCCCCCCUAGUCCCAAUCGCGCUAGCCGUCCCCAGGUCCCAGAUUUUUGCGACCCACACCGCGACCCCUUUCGCUGCGGCCAGUUGUCACUCCCACCGACCAUCCCUCACGGCCUCCCUACGGCCUCAUCACGGCCUCCUUGCCCUCCACCGCAGCCAUGGCCUUCAAUGCUUCCGCCGCCGCCGCGCACCCGUACUACCCGCUCGGAGUCGAGAUCGCGGGCUACCUGGCCAACGAGUGGAACACGUUCGAGCUGGUCAGCAUGUUCGCGGCGGGGUGCGCCGUCAUCUUCAGCGUCACGUAUGCGAUCCUGAUGAAGACGCGGCCGACCGCCAGCACCUCGGACGUGAGCAUCAUGAUGUGGUUCGUGCUGUGCGGCUUCAUCCACAGCUUCUUCGAGGGCUACUUUGCCUACAACUUCCGCACCAUGGGCGCCAUGCAGGACCUGUUUGGCCAGCUGUGGAAGGAGUACGCCCUGAGCGACUCGCGCUACCUGACCCAGGACGCGUUUGUGCUGUGCAUGGAGACGGUGACGGCGGCCUUCUGGGGCCCCCUGUCCUUUCUCACCGCGUACCUGAUUGCCGUCGACCACCCGCUGCGCUACUCGCUGCAGCUGAUUGUCUCGCUGGGCCAGUUCUACGGCGACGUGCUGUACUACGCCACCUCGCUGUUCGACCACUACAUCCUGGAUGUGGCCUACACGCGCCCGGAGGCCGCCUACUACUGGGGCUACUUUGUGCUGAUGAACGCCUUCUGGAUCGUCAUCCCGGGGUACCUGAUGUACCAGAGCGUCGACGCCACCGUGCGCGCCUUCCGCGCCGUCAACGACGCCUCCAAGCUGCUGCUCAAGGCCGAGCAGAUGGGCUACUACAAGAAGAAGGCGUAGGUGACGGGGUGGUGUUAGACGUAGACGUAGACGCAGGGAGGGAUGAUCGUAAUGAGAUGACGCCGAUGAGGUCAGACCGAACCCUGUCGCGUCGAUCCGCUACCGGCGCA